AUGAAAUCCAUUACAUCAAUAUUAACAACAAUUGAUAAUAUUAUUCAACGAGCAAAUGAGGUAAAAGUGUAUCAAGAUCAUUUGAAACUACUAAUAACUAGUUUAAUUCGUCUUCGACAUGGAUUUAAUGAUAAACUUGCAAUAUCAGAAGAAAGUCGUUCAAAAAACGAUCUUGCAGAAAUACUAAAAGCUAUUGAUGAAGUUGUUACAAGUUGUAGUGAAAAUGAAAAUUACCUUAAUGGAGUGACUAACAAAGAUCUCGAAUCUGUACUGUUUCGUCUUCAAUAUCGAUUAGCUCAAUAUGAAGCUAAUCUAACAGAUGAUUAUGAAAUGAGAGUCAAAAUACUAUGUAAUACUUGUCAAGAACAACAAAUAUUUGUUCAGAAAUCCUCUGAGGAAACAAUGAGACGAAGAUUAGACACAAUAGAACAACAAACAAAGAAAAAUAUCAUAGAAAAACUCCGUCUCUUACGUGAAAAAUAUUCUAAAAUGAUUGAAUCUUAUCUUCGCACUUGUAUUGAACAACAUCGAGAUGAAACUCUUCCUGGUCUCACUGGUGAUAUUGUUGCCAAAGUUGCCCAUAUUUUCUAUCGAAUCUCUAACGAAGAAAGAAUUUUAUUAGAGAAUAAAUGGCGAACAUCUGAACUUCCUAUCACACGUACAUUCAUUCAUUUGAAAGCUGAUAAAUCUACAUCAUUCGAAAGAAAUGAAUUACGACAAAUGUUUAUGGAAGAUGAAGGCAAUAUGAAACAAGGUACACGACAUAGACAAGAAACAUCGAAAGGAACAUGGGAACGAUUAGUUUCAGAUGCCUACAUAAUGUCGAUAGUUGAAAGAAAUCACUAUUUCGAAAACGAGAAUAUCACUGAAGAGAGCAUUAUUCGAACUAAACGUUGGAUUGUUAUUUUGGGUGAUCCAGGAAGUGGAAAAACAAGUUUUGUUCGAUGGCUUAUUCAUCAUCUUGCUCAAACACUUCUUCUCAAUGAAAAGCAGUCAACUAAUUAUGGACCUCUUCGUAUACCAAUUUUAAUUCGUAUAGAAGAGUUUGCUGAAAUAUUAAAAGAACAACCAUUACUCACUUUGUUUGAUUAUAUUGGAAAACAUAAAUGGAUGGGAAAGUCAAUUGUUAAUGAUUCAACGAUCUCGCCUGAUAAUAUAUCACGUGUUCUUCAAGAUUAUAUUAAACAAGGCCAAGCUCUAAUCAUACUUGAUGGUCUCGAUGAGAUUCCUGUUUCAAAUCAACGUUCAAAAAUCAUUAAUAUUGUUGAAAGCUUUGUCAAUACUUAUGUUCAGACACCUAUAGAUAUUACUACCUUUGACAAUGUAUAUUUAAGUAAAUUAUUCGAUGAUCCAUCUCGAUCUGGAGGUAACCAAUUGAUCGUUACAAGUCGUAUAGUCAAUUAUCAUAGUGCUCCAUUAACUGGACAAUUUACUCGUUGCACAAUUCAACCUACGCAUAAGAAAUAUAUAACAGAUUUUGUUGAUUAUUGGUUUUUUCAUGUACAUCAAUGUAUCAUUGACAUGUUACGUCUUCCAUUAGUUAAUCAAGCAGAAAAACAUAGUAAAGCACUGAAAAAAGAAUUAAGAAAACCUAAAAAUAUUAGUCUUCUUGAAAUGGCUUCGAAUCCUGGUAUAUUGUCAUCUAUUUGUACCGUAUAUUUCCAUCAAUUAGAUGGUCCACCAAUACCUCCUCAACGUUUUCUUCAGUAUCAAUCAAUUGUUAAAGUAAUACUAAAUUUAUGGCAUAGUAGAAUGCCGACUAUUGACACAUCAAAAGUGAUUCGAAUUUUGACUGAUAUUACUUCCUGUAUGCAUCAAAAUCCUGCAUCGAAUUUUAUUACGAAUGAUGAAAUAAAAGAAAUCUGUGUUCAAACGAUCAAAACUUCCAUAAAUAUGACAUCAAUAACAAGAGACGAUAUUCAUCAUUUCGAAGAACAAGCAUUUGAAAUGACACGAGUCAUUCGUGAUAAUGUUGGUAUGUUAACAUCGCAAGGUGAAUCACUUUAUGGUUUUCUUUAUCUAGCAUUUCAAGAAUAUUUCACUUGCUUGAAACUACUCGAAGGAGGUACGUCAGAAAAACAGAUUCUUGUUACUGAUGGAUUAAAUCGAGACAAAAAAAUUCAACUUAUCACUCAAUCGUUAUGUCGUCACACGAAUGAUCUACGAUUUCGAGUGCCAAUUGCACUUGCUCUCGAAAAAAUUAGUUCGUCUUGGCCCCGAAAUGAUUUUGACGAUCUCUGCUAUGAAUUUAUACAAGCUCCAGAUGAAUAUGAUUCUCUAUUACCACUUGGUGCUUAUAUCUUAAUUAAUUGUGUUGAUGACUUUGUUAAUUAUCCUUCGAAUAAAGUUUUGUUUGAUGCUUUGGAUCGUUUAAUAAUCGCAGCUGGUCAACAUAAAUGGUCAAUUGUUUGUCCGUUUCUAUUCGAUCAAAUUACAAAUGCAUUGAGAAAAUUUCGAAAUGAUGUUGUUUCAUUAUGGAUUAAUAAAUUGUUGUGUGAGUCUUCUCGGCAUGAUAUUCAGACAAUAACAGCUCUUUGUCAUUUUCUUGAAGGAAAACCUCAUGAAUUUGAAAAUAUUAAAUGGUUACGUCAAUCAUCUUGCUCGAUGCUUCAAUCGUUAUCAACACUUGAUAAUGAAAAUAAUGGAUUUGCUAUUGAUCGAUUAUUAUUUAAAAUUGCUUUCUCAAAUCAUCAGUUAUUACCUUCGAAUCCAAGUACUUUCAAAGAGUUCCUAAUUGAUAAAAACAUUGAAAUAAAUUCAAUGCCUGUGAUUCUUUUCCCAUUAAUAAUUGCUCUAUAUGGCGGGUUAGCACGAAAUGGUCAAACUGUUAUCUUUAAUCCUUCAUGUAUUCAUCGAGAAUCAACUGUAUUAACACCGAUGUUAAUACGUUUUCUUUUCGAAAAUGAUCGUAAUAAACAAGAUCAAAAUUUAAAAAAAUUAAAACAAGAAUGUAUAAAAUCUUUUGCGAUACGAAUGGAAAAUCAUGAUGAAUCAUCAGAAGCAGUUGAUUUAUGUAUUGCAACUAUCUGUCUGUAUAACAUUGAAUAUUUACAAGAUACUUUAGAUAUUAUCUCCAAUUCUUUUUUACGCAUCUGUAUGAAUCGAUUAAAAUAUAUUUCAAUGAUAUUACGUCAAUUCUAUUUUGUUGCUGACGAAAAAGAUCUAUCUAUGGAAAAUGAAACAACCAAAUUUAUUUCAACUAGUAUCGAAAAAUUUCAAUAUUUUGAAUCAGCAAGAAUUCAUUUUCUAGAUUUGUUAAAUUCAUUAAGAAGUAGUGUUGCAUGUAUACGAUCUUCUUCAACAUCAAUUUUGUUGGAAGGAGUAUCAAGAUCUUAUCGACGAGUGACAUUACGUUUGCCUAAUUCUCUGCGAAAAGAAAAUCAAUUUCUUAAUGGUCUAUUAACAACAGAUGUACGAUUUUCUUCUGAUAAAAAAUCUUGCUCAUUAAUACAUCAUUUCACUAAACUUUUUUGGCCAUUAGAACAAAAUGAUAAAUUUGAUACACAAUACAGAGUAGCAGUUGCUAUGAAUAAUGUACCAGAAUAUUUAUUAUUUCGUAACGAUGAAGAUAUUUUAAUUUCAUUAACAUUUGUUCCUUCACAUUUACAAAAUCUUUAUAUUCGAUUAUUGAAAGAAGAAUUUAUUACGAUCAAUCCAAAAGAUUCGAUAGCUAAAACAAGACAACAUCUUUAUUUUGGUCACAUUCUAACUGAAUGUUUAAUGUUUUUAUCAAAUGCAUUAUGUAAAAGACUGUCGAUUCGAACUGCUUUAAUUGCCCUAUUGCCUUGGCUUCGAAUGCAGCAAUUAGAAAACUUUGGCAGUAGUCUUUUAUGGACGUUAACUUCAAAAGAUCCUGAUGCUUUGGACAAUUUUGAGAAACAAAGAAAACGUUCAAUGAAUCUUGAAACUGGCCGAUAUAUGGAUACAGAUAAGAAGUUUUUUAAAGGAUCUUAUCUAACAGAUGAAAAACGAAAAACAAUAAUCCGAAAUAAUAUUCAACAAGAAUAUGAAAGACUUCAAAAUGCUUCAAUUGAUAAUGAUGAAAGAAAUGUAAAACUUUAUUCUUCAUCAAUCUCUUUAGCACGUUUGUGUCGUUGGACUGAAGAUGAAAGAAAGUUAUUUUUAUUAGAACAAAGUAUAAACGGAGCUAUGUCAAUUCAGAAUAAACUGGCUCGUCUUGAUGCACUAUGUGUAAUUGCUUUUUAUUCACAUUCCGUCUAUGAUCACAUUAAAGUCGAUCGAGAUAGAUCUCUAACAAUGGAAAUUGAACAUCAAUUCAAUGAAAUUUAUCCUAAUUUACCUCUUCUAUUACAAACAGCUAUUUUCAUUAGAUGUUUACCUUUACUUCAACAUUCACAAACAAUCGAUAAUUGUCUUCAAAAUCUCAUUAAUAAAUUUGCCAAUACAGAUCUACGAGAUCAACAAGCAGUCAUUGAAGCCUUAUUACCAUACAUGCAAUUGAAUUGUGUAUUUUCAUCUAUUACGAAUUGUUUCUCUUAUAGUCUACAAGAUCAAAAUAAAACAAUACAUAAUAAAUCUUCUGCUUUGAAGACAUAUUUUAAUAUUGGUACGCGUGAAAAUUUAUCAUUUUCAUUAUCCAUUUCUAAUUUGUAUCUUGUGGAAUUAGCCAACGAUUUAUAUGAAUGUAUUAAAAUGGAUAAACGUCUAUUUAGCAUCGAUGAAUCCAUUGAAACAAAACUAUUUCAAUUCGAAAAUAGUAUUUUGACAGAAGCACAAGCAUUAACAAUAACUAAUAUACUUUCUUUCGUUUCGUUGACAAAUCGAUAUAAUCAGCAUGAAAAUAUUUGGAUUAUCUUAAACAAUGCUCUUCAUCGUAUGAAUUGGAUAGAAUUAAAAGCAUGUCGUUUGCUAGAAUCUUGGUUGAAAUGGAAAGAUUCAAAUGAAUUCUCUUGUUUUGCCUAUCAUGCUGCACUUCUUCUCAUUAAUUCUGAUAUAUGGUCUGUCGAAGCUACAGCAAUUGUAUGUGAUCUUCUAUCUAGUGACAAUGAUCGUUUUCGUCAGAGAGCUGAAAUAAUACUCCGAACACCAAAUAAGCAUAAUGUUCGAACUAGUUCAAUAUUGGGCAUUGAUGUUUUAUUCACUUUACUUAAGAAAAAAGUUCAUUAUCAUUUAACUUCAUCAUCUGCCAAACUCACAUUAAAUCGAUUGUUCGAAAAUAUAACUUUAGAUGUUCAAUCUCAUCUAGAAAUAUUACUUUGGCUAGAAAGAUACAGAAUUCAUGCAUUGACUAACAAGGAAUAUUCUUUCAACGAGUUAAGAUCAUCAAGAAAUUCUCAUGUAACUUCAUUUUUUUCAACUGAUAUAGCAAUAGAUGCAUGUGCCUAUGCUAAUUCGUUUCGACUUUCAAGUGAUUUGAUAGCAUAUAUGUGUGAUAUGAUUGCAUCGAAUUUAUUUUCAUUCUGGGCGAUUGAUGAAGAUACAACAACAAAUACAGUUUCGGAAAGUCAUACUCGAUUUGUGGUGUCAGUACUUUUGACUUUAAACAACUUACUGAAUCAUAAUAAUGAAACACGACAAAUAACAAUUAUUGCUCUUAUGAAUUUAUUCGAGAUGUUGGACAAAAAUGAAAUUCGUCAAGCAGUAGCGUAUGCUCUUGGCUAUGUGUGUAAUGAACAAACAUAUAAAAGUUUAUUUGAAAAAAUUAUAUUGGUAAUGAACAGUAUACUGAAUGAGACUUCUACCUACUCCAGUAAUGUUUUGAGUGCACUAAUUUCAAGUUAUUCCUAUUGUAUAUCGAUAUGUAAAGUGAUAGUUGAUCAAGAUGAUUUGGAUUUAUUUUGUACUUUGUUAAGGCAUGACUCUCAAGAUAUUUCAAAAGCAGCUCGAAUAGGAUUUGGUCGUAUUCUCAAAGAUACGUCCUUUUUACUCGAAAUGCUGGGUCUUGAUUAUAUAGAGUGUUAUCAUGCACUAAUCGGAUCGACUGCAUACAUAUAUCUUUACGAUAUUCAACAAAAUAGUGAAAAUGCUAUCGCAAAGUUUAUUGAAGAGCAUCCUACUUUUUUGGCAAUCUUUAUGGUUGAAUUAUAUGAUAACAUUCGUAAAUUUCCUACUAAGAUAUUGUCUAGUGCAGACACUGAUUACAAUUUAGCUUACGGAUAUCCUGCAUAUGUAAAAAUUGCUAGUUUAAUUGCUAUACGCAUGCCGACAGAAUUUUGUGCCUUUAUCAAAUAUUGGUGUGAUGGAGAUAAUUUGAAACGUGCAUUGUUUUAUACGAGUAAACAACAUAAUUUUUCACAACGUGCUGCUUGCUUAACCAUUCUAUCACUUUUGGGUGAGUUAACAGUCGAUUUAUGUGAGAUGUUCAUUGAAACUGUGCGUGAUGAUCCACAUAUUCAAAAUAAUUGUUAUAAAUGUAUCACACACAUUCAUUCUAUUAGAGAUGAGAAAGUCAUUUUAAAUCUUUUAUUAUCUUAUUUAAAAUCAAAAUCCAUGAAUGUUCGAUAUGUUACAGUUAAAAUACUUCUUCAUCUUUCUCAAUCAUCUCUUAUCCCAUCUAAACAAGUUCACACUAUACUGAAUGAUCUUAUGUUAGACCCAAGUUCAAAUGAAGGUCUAUGGUUAAUUGAAGAGCAAGAUGGUCUCUUGGCAAAAUGUGAAUAUUAUUAUGCUGGUUCAUUAAAAAAUGUUAUAUAUUCACUUCUGAUUCAACAUGUAACUGGACAUAAAAGUGACAUUCUUCGAAGAAAUGAAUUCAAUGACAUUGAUUUGGAUUUCAUUGAGUCGAAAAAAGCAUCCCGUCUCGCUUCAUGUAUUUAUGAGGAAAAAAGCUGA